AUGGGAGGCCGACGGUUUCUAGUCUACAUUGCUAAUCAAUCUGCUGAAGAACAAGCGGACAUAGUCAUGUGGGGUAGUGGAAAUGGGAUUCCAAUAUACAGAGACUAUAUCGUGUUCAUGUCUGGCACGGGAGGCCAUAAGAAACAAUCCGCCGUCGGCCGCGACAUCUCCGUCAUCGCCAAGUCCGCCGUCGAAGAGAUAGUCGCCUCCCCCGCCUCCGCCGUCUGCAAGAAGCUCGCCUUCGACCUCAUCCGCUCAACGCACCUCACCGUCGACCUCUGGGACACCGUCUGCACCGGCAUCCUCACCGAUCUCGACUUCCCCGACCCUGACGUCAGCGCCACCGCCGUCUCGAUCCUCGCCGCCAUCCCCUCCUACCGCCUCCCCAAGCUCAUCUCCGACACCAAGAAGGAGAUCAACAACUACUUCGACUCGCCGUCUGAUAACCUUCGGUUCGCGAUCACCGAGACGAUGGGGUGCAUUCUCGCACGUGACAAUCUCGUGACUCUGUGUGAGAAAAAUGUCAAUCUGCUGGAUAAGGUCUUCGGCUGGUGGGGCCGGAUCGGCCAGAACAUGCUCGACGGCUCUGACGCCGUUUCGAAGGUCGGGUUCGAGUCGGUGGGGCGGUUGUUUCAGGAGUUCGAUACCAAAAGGAUGAGCAGACUCGCCGGAGAUAAGUUGAUAGAUAGUGAGAAUUCGCUUGCGAUUCGAUCCAAUUGGGUCUCUUCAAUGGUGGACUUCGUCUGGAAGAAGCGGAGUGCUCUAAUGGCGAGGUCGUUGGUUUUGCCGGUGGAGAGUUUCAGGGUCACGGUGCUUCCGAUUGUGUAUGCCGUUAAGGCUGUGGCCUCCGGCUCAGUCGAGGUCAUAAGGAAGCUAUCCAAGUCUUCUGGUGGUUCUAAUGCGACUAUUGUGGAUAGUAAUGCCGAGAGGUUCGUCGGAGUUUCGAAUGUGGUGACGCAUUUGGUGCUCUUUUUGGCCUGGUCUUUGGAUCCAGCUUUUAUUUUUGAGGUGGGGAUUGACAUGAUGUACUUGGCUGAUGUUCCUGGUGGGAAGCCUGAGUGGGCUUCGCAAUCCAUUAUUGCAAUUCUCACACUUUGGGAUAGGCAAGAGUUUGCUUCAGCUAGGGAAAGUAUUGUUAGAGCUGUUGUUACAAAUCUUCAUCUUCUCGAUCUUCAUAUGCAGGUAUGCUUACUUGAGUUAUGA